AUGACCCUUUCAUUAGUAGUUGCAGGCGUUGCCCUUGGAUCUGGAAUUGUUGUUUUAAGAGCAUCAGUUAGAGCUAUGGCUAGAGCCAAAUCAGCAUCAGCAAUUAAUAGUACAACAAUGAAAAAAACAGGAUUUACAUUGAAUGCUGAUUUACUCUCGAAACCAAUUUACGGAAGAAACUUUAUUGAAGGAUCAUUUAACCCAGAAAUGUCGAAGAAAGAAGCUUUGGAUGUUUUAGGCUUUGGAAAGACAGUUAAACAUGUUACAGAGGAAGAUGUAAAGAAACGUCACAGAAAAUUAAUGCUUUUAAAUCACCCUGAUAAUGGAGGUUCUGCUUAUAUUUCAUCUAAAAUUAAUGAAUCUAAGGAUUAUCUGUUAGGUAGAUACGGAAGAGAUUAA